AUGGCGGUGGCGGCGGCGGCGGGAGACCUGGCGGUGCUUGACGCGGAGACUCUGGCGCUGCUGGGGGGAGGGCCCGAUAUGGCGCCGGUGGCCGUGUGCGGCGAGUGGGAGACCUUCAAGGAGAACGUGCGGCCGCUGAAACGCGGGCGGAACGUCGGCCUCCUCAACCAAGCCCUCAAGGCGCACACCGACCCCGCCCAGCGUGCCGCCCUCCUCGCCGAACGCAGGAGGAUGAUCGAAGCAAUAGAAGAGUGCCAAGGGGAAGAUCCGCUCCAGCCAUGGGUAGACUGCAUCAAAUGGGUUCAGGAGUCGUUCCCGGCCGGCGGGGAGUUCUCAGGGCUGGUCGUGAUCUACGAGCAGUGUGUGCGUGCAUUUUGGCACGAUGAGCGGUACAAGGAUGAUCUCCGGUACCUCAAAGUCUGGUUAGAAUAUGCUGGGAACUGUUCGGACGCUGAGGUGAUAUUCAGGUUCCUGGAGUCCAACCGGAUUGGUGAGGGCCAUGCUGUUUUCUACAUUCGCUAUGCAUUGCUAAUGGAGUCGAAGAACAAGCUUAAGAAAGUUGACGAGAUCUUUAAUCUUGGAAUAGCUAGGAAAGCAAAGCCUGUGGAGAAGUUGGAAACUACAUACAGGGCAUUUCUUGGGAGAUCAACCAGAAAGAAGGAACACGAGGAUGAUACCGCAAGUGAUGAUCCGCCCGUACGCAAAUUCGGUAGUGACUUGAACCGUGGUGAAACUAGAGGUCAGCAUGCAGAGAAUUCCCACAUGUUGGCAAAACCUAGGGUAAAGCUGCAAAGAAUCGAUGUUAAUACACCGAUUUCAAUUUACAAAGAGAACCCAUUGCCAAGUCAGGGCCUUGAGAGAGCUAGGAGCAAAGACAGGGCGUGGAACACCCUUGGAACACAAGCAGAUAGAAACAAAGAAAAUAACAUGAUGCCUGCCAGAUGGACCUCGCACAAGAUUCCACCAAAGGUAGCAGCACGACAAGCAGUUCCGCCAGCUCGUGUCAGCUCCAUUGAGGUCUUUGUAGAUGAAGCAUGUGCCGAGGAACCAGCCCCGCCUCGAGUGCCAAAGAGUCCAAAACCAUCUGUUCUGAAGCUUAGGCAAGCAACAAGCAAAAACCUUAAGAAGGAAUCAGAAUUGCUUAAGGAGAAUCCGCUGCGCAACUUCCCGCUGAGCAGCCUUAGAUAA